AUGGCGGAAUCGGGGAUGAACACUGUGAAGUGCCCUGUGUGCGCAGGUGAUUUUGAGCAUUUUAUCAUCAACGCUCAUUUGGAUAAGUGUUUGCAAAACAAUGACAAUCAAGGUGCGCCCUCGUUACCAGAAAGCUUCCCUCAGAGUGGACCACCCUCUAAGAAAUCUCGCAUUUCUAAAGAAGUUCCAUCUAGUCCAGCCCAUGCGGCAAGUUCCGAGGCGCCGGGCACAGCCACGAAAUCGAGUCGGUCUGCUCCCGUUUUUCCAGUUUUUCAGAACAAGCCGAAAGGUUUUGGACAUCUUGAGAAAAACUCGACGUUAAACUCAAUUGACCAAGGCACAAAACGCACUACACCAGACGAUGGCAAUAUGCAAGAAGAGGAGCGAGUGUCGGACAUAGCUUCUUGCACGAGGGAUAUUAAGCCUAUGUCAAGCAAAACUACGUUUGCUCCGUCGACAAGGGCAUUGCUAAAUAUCGAUAAGCCCUUAGCGGAAAAAAUGCGGCCAAGCACUCUUGAGGAGUACUUUGGCCAAAACAAAGUUGUGGGAGAACAUACAUUACUCCGGUCGCUGUUACAGUCACAGGAAAUACCAUCGCUGAUCUUUUGGGGUCCGCCAGGAUGUGGCAAGACUACUUUGGCCCAUAUUAUCGCCAGCAGCAGUAAAAAGAAAGGUACGGCACGGUUUGUGACACUCUCUGCAACCAGCGCUUCCACCAAUGACGUGCGAGAGGUCAUUAAACAAGCCCAGAAUGAGCUUCGCCUCUGCAAGAGAAGGACCAUCUUAUUCAUCGACGAAAUACAUCGCUUUAACAAGUCCCAGCAGGACACCUUUCUCCCACACGUGGAGUGUGGAACAGUCACUUUGAUCGGGGCGACCACGGAGAACCCCUCCUUCCAGGUGAACAGUGCUCUGCUGAGCCGCUGUAGGGUGCUGGUGCUGGAGAAGCUGUCAGUGGAAGCUAUGGGAUUGAUCCUCCGGCGAGCGAUAAAUUUUCUGGGAUUACAGAUUGUACCGACGGAUGGUCUGAGCAAACGACCCUCAGCUUCAGUGGAUCUUCACCAGUCGGACCUGCAGGUCUACAUCGAGCAGAAAGCCGUGGACACCAUUGCCCACCUGUGCGACGGUGAUGCCCGUGUGGGCCUUAACGGCCUGCAGCUGGCCGUGCAGGCCCGGGUGGCCGCCGUCCAGCCUGCACCAUCCCAACCCAAUGGCACCUCACCUGAAAUCCUCAUCCAGGAGGACCACGUCAAAGAAGGUCUGCAGAGAUCGCACAUCCUCUACGACAAAGCUGGAGAGGAGCAUUACAACUGCAUCUCAGCCCUGCAUAAGUCAAUGAGAGGUUCCCAUGAGAACGCUGCCCUCUACUGGCUGGGACGCAUGCUAGAGGGAGGGGAAGACCCACUCUACGUGGCCCGCCGCCUGGUCCGUUUCGCCAGCGAAGAUGUUGGUCUGGCCGACCCCGCAGCCCUCACGCAAGCCGUGGCCGCCUUCCAGGCCUGCCACUUCAUUGGCAUGCCAGAGUGUGAGGUGAUUCUAGCUCAGUGCGUAAUAUACCUUGCCAGAGCGCCCAAGUCAGUGGAGGUAUACAAGGCUUACGACAAUGUUAAGGCAUGUCUACGGAGCCACCGGGGCCCGCUGCCCCCUGUGCCUCUCCACCUGCGAAAUGCUCCCACCCGACUAAUGAAGGACCUCGGUUACUCAAAAGGCUAUAAAUACAACCCUAACUUUAGCGGCCCUGUGGAGCAGGACUACCUCCCAGAUGAACUACGGGGCGUGAAUUUCUUCACCUGGACCCCUUCUAACCCAUAAUCUCUCACUUUUAGAGAUGACUCUUGGAAAUGCAGCCUUGGGCUGCAUUAUCUGAA